GAUCCCGCCCCGCUCGCCGCCCGCCCUCGUCUCGGGUCCGUUUUCCUGUUUUUCGGUGCCGCGGGAAGGGGUCGGUGCGGCUUGAGCUCUGGCUUUAACUUUAAUUUGCCUUAGGAGUGGUUUCUCACAAGGAUGAGGCUGGUAAUCCUGGAUAACUAUGACCUAGCUAGUGAAUGGGCUGCAAAGUAUAUCUGCAAUCGCAUCAUCCAAGCCAAGCCAAGCCAAACCAGGUAUUUUACUCUUGGUUUACCAACAGGAAGUACACCUCUGGGCUGCUACCAAAAGCUGAUCGAAUAUCACAAAAAAGGAGAUCUCUCAUUCAAAUAUGUGAAGACAUUCAAUAUGGAUGAAUAUGUAGGGCUUCCCAGAAAUCAUCCAGAGAGCUACCAUUCUUACAUGUGGAACAAUUUUUUUAAGCAUAUCGACAUAGAUCCGAGCAAUGCUCAUAUUCUCGAUGGGAACGCUCCAGACUUAAAGGCAGAGUGUGAUGCAUUUGAAAAAAAGAUUGAAGAAGCUGGAGGAAUCGAUCUGUUUGUUGGAGGUAUUGGUCCAGAUGGCCAUAUUGCAUUCAAUGAGCCAGGCUCCAGUUUGGUAUCAAGAACAAGACUAAAGACACUAGCUAUGGACACCAUUCUGGCAAAUGCAAAAUACUUUGAUGGAGACUUAUCUAAAGUUCCAACUAUGGCCUUAACAGUUGGUGUGGGAACAGUGAUGGAUGCUAGAGAAGUAAUGAUUCUAAUCACAGGAGCGCACAAAGCUUUUGCCUUGUACAAGGCAAUUGAAGAAGGGGUCAAUCAUAUGUGGACAGUUUCUGCUUUUCAGCAACAUCCUCACACAAUCUUUGUUUGUGACGAAGAUGCAACCUUAGAACUAAGAGUUAAAACUGUGAAGUAUUUUAAAGGUUUAAUGCAUGUGCACAACAAACUUGUGGAUCCGCUGCACAGUAUGAAAGAGCAAGACUGAAGGAGAAACCAGAGCUAGAAUCCGUCUGCUUGUCCCUGGCAAUGUGUUAGAUAGCAGGUGAAUUGACUGCUGUGCAAUAUGCUGGAAACUGGUUAAAACAGAGAGUCCUAAGGACUAUGCUUCUCCCCCCCCCCUUACUUGAAGGUCCAACAUGUACACUCUUACAUUCCUCCUAGCCAUGUAACAAGCUGUACUUUCCUAGCGAAAUUUGUGUUCGCUGUUACACAUUAGCUGUAUGCGAUUAAAAAUCAAUGGAACCAUCAUGACGUCCGAGCACAGCCAUAUUUGUACUCUCUGCACAGAGAGAAAAGCAUUCUGUAAUGCAAAGUAUAAAAAUAUUUCAUUAUUUGUCUCAAGACACUUUUUGGCUUGAGUUUUGUAAUGUCAACAUAGACUCAGAUAAUCAGGGAGUUUAUUAUGAAAUGUUUACACACUUGCACAUUAGUGAUUGGCUGCCUUAAAAAAUAUACACCUUCUUUGUUUGAAAGCAGUAUCUGCAAGGGCAGGCAAUUAUUUUGGAAACAUUUUAUCAGCUUCAGCUUCCAGAAUGACAGCCACGUUAGUCAUUACAGCAAAAUCAAAGCCACCUCAAGCACCUCGAUAGGCGGGGCACGCUUGGCUUGUAUUCCGUGCCAGUGGAUGAGUCCAACAGCUGCCUGUGACUCUUGGCAAAAGCGAUGCCAACAAGUUGAGGAUCCCAUGUGGACGAACUGCCGUGCAGCCCACAGCUGUGUUAAGAGGAGGAGGGCAAACGAAACGCCCUUCUCUUCAAUCGCUGUCCCCCACAUCACCUUUUUGAGGCUUCCAGCUCUCUCCUGGAGAGAAAAAAGUGAGGGGGGGGGGAACACUUUGGCAUUGUAAAAGAAAACCACCACCCCCGACAGCUUUACGCACACGAUUUGCUUCCUUCGGCAUGCUUACCUGUCAUUUUCUUAUGCAAUUCAAGUCUACUUAAGUUUUAGAAGGUUAUGAUUUUUCCCAUAAGGCAAAAGUAGACAAAAUAUUCAUGAGUUCUACAGACUUUGAAUGCUGACAUGCCCUUUAAUUCCCCAUGCUGUUCUGCAUCACUAGGAAUGCAGUUCUAACUUGAGCUUAAGGUAAAGUAUAGCAUUACUACCUGCACAGGUUACACUUUUAUUUGUUCAGCAGCGAACUGGCCUUGAAUAGAGAGAUGCCUUCUGGGGGCAGAGGCCAGGUGCUUUGUUGGAAAGGUUCUUUUGUGUAACAAGGACUGCAGUUGAUGCAUUUUUGUGCCAAUUUCUUAAAGGCAUUUGUCUGUGGAGGGGAAACUGACCCUAUCAUACCUCAUUCUGGAGCUUAAUAAAUAUUUUGCUGUUUGGUUUU